AUGGAUAAAACCUCAGAUUAUUUUACAGUCUUGCCUCUUGGAUAUAGCGUACCAAACGUUUCUCUCGCCUCCACGGAAGGCCAUUCUGUUUUUUCCCAGAAGGAGCAUAAUAUAGUAGCAGCCUAUCUGAUCACUGCAGGUGUAAUAAGCCUUUUGAGCAACAUUAUUGUACUUGGAAUCUUUGUCAAAUACAAGGAACUGCGCACAGCAACCAAUGCGAUCAUCAUUAACUUGGCCUUCACCGACAUUGGUGUCAGCGGGAUCGGGUAUCCAAUGUCGGCUGCCUCCGACAUACAUGGAAGUUGGAAAUUUGGAAACACGGGAUGCCAGAUAUAUGCUGGCCUGAACAUAUUCUUUGGAAUGGCAAGUAUAGGACUUCUGACUGUUGUUGCCAUUGAUCGAUAUUUGACAAUCUGUAGGCCUGACAUAGGAAGAAGAAUUACAGCCUGUCACUACACCGCUAUGAUCCUUGCUGCCUGGAUAAAUGCAGUAUUCUGGUCAGUGAUGCCCAUAGUGGGGUGGGCAAGUUACGCUCCAGAUCCCACUGGAGCUACAUGUACCAUUAACUGGAGGAAAAAUGAUGCAUCAUUUGUGUCAUACACCAUGACCGUGGUUGGAGUAAAUUUUGUGAUCCCUCUGAUGGUGAUGUUUUACUGUUAUUAUAAUGUGUCCAGGACCAUGAAAGGCUAUGAUAGCAGAAAUAGCCUUGGGGGCUCCAACGUAGACUGGUCCGAUCAAGCUGAUGUAACCAAGAUGUCUGUAGUGAUGAUUGUGAUGUUCCUGGUGGCUUGGUCUCCUUAUUCUAUAGUUUGCUUAUGGUCUUCAUUUGGGGAUCCCAGACAAAUCUCUCCAGCCAUGGCAAUAAUAGCACCUCUGUUUGCCAAAUCCUCAACUUUCUACAAUCCUUGCAUUUACGUAAUUGCAAAUAAAAAGUUCAGAAGAGCAAUAUUAUCCAUGGUGCAGUGCAAGGCACGACAGGAAGUAACUCUUGAUAACCACUUCCCAAUGAGUGUCUCCCAAAGCACUCUGGCAUAGGGAUGACACCCUUAUACUCUGUGCCUUCAUAUGCCAAUAAACAAGUGACAAUGUUUAA